AGCCGUCAAGCUCUGAGAUAUGCGCACCUGUCUUGUGUAAUAUUAGCAUAUUUAAAUUCGGACUAGUUCUUAUGAGUUUUUAUGUUUAUGCUAUAACGACCAUGGUAACACAUAGAACAAGCAUUUGGGUCURUSACAAAUCUGYUCUUUUUUGAUUCUGAUACUGAUUACAAUGUCCCUGAAAUUCAAAGCAAAACAAAUGGGAAUUUACCACACUUCAACUCYAGUUUUUAACAAACGUUUAUUCAAAGCACAAGCUGGAAUUGUYUUAACGGAAGAAGUUCUGAAAAUCCUCAAUCGUCCUAGCCGCCAAGAACGCUCAAAGACCGAUCUUCACAAGCUCAAAUCGGUGGUAAAUGGCCUUAAAGAUGUGCAUAAAGGUUUCCAGUUUGUAAAAGAUGCACUGAGCAUUGUAAUAGGCUAUGAAAAAGUAGAAGCGAAUGUAGAAGUGAAAAAGCAGUCGACGGAAAAAGGACUGUCGUGUUAUUAUAUCCUUACCGGGUCAAUUGAAGCGACUUAUGACAUAAAUAACAGCGAUUUCGAAGAAGAACGAAAAUUGGUAAGCACUGGGUUUACGACUUUGAAUGGAGAAAGCCAAAACAAAAAAACUCAGAAUGGAAGCUACAUUAUUUCAUAUACGCAUGUAGCCGGCGAUUAUCUGGGUCUAGUCUCAGGAGACGGACCAGAAUACGAUCUACCUCCUCCAAAAUCGAUCAAAACACUCGAAAUGAGUGAGUUUUUGCGAAUUGACCGAGGCAAAUUUCACGAUGCUGUCCGCGUGGUCCACAAUCAAUAUGUACAAGAAGUUGAGCAUUUUAUCAACAGUGAAAGUAUUCUACGACAUUUACCUGAGAAAGAACGAGAGAAGCUUGUCCCUUUGAUGGCCAAACAGGAGUAUCCAGCCGGUAAAGUGAUUGUAAACCAAGGAGAUGUUCCUGACCAUAUAUUCUUUAUUGGAAAAGGUCGAUGCCAAUUUUUUCGACGCGUUUUUAUAAAUGAAGCCCAUCGACAAGAGCUUGUUAAACUUGGUCAAAUCGAAAAAGGGGAAAUGUUUGGCGAGUCAAGUCUAUUGGAUGGUUCUCCCUGCUUCUGCAGUGUGACAAGUAUCGGGCAAGUUACAUGUUUUCUUAUCAACAAAUGGGUAAUUAAGACAAACGAAGCUGUGGUGAAUCUGCUGAGACAGCAUGAACACAUUUUUUACGAGGACGAUAUGAUCCAACACUACAUUCGGGAUAGUGACGUUUGGCAAAGCUACAAGAGAAGCCARGUCAUGGAGCUUCUUGAAGCGACAAACAAGCAAUUCAUUUCGGUGAAAAAGAAAGAUAUUCAAGAGAUACUGGAAAGAGCGCUUGAGUUUGGAGAUGCGAAGAGAUGCCAUUCUUCAAGGGCGUGGUCCAGACAAAGAGAAGUAGGAGAGCCUGAGCGCAAUGAGCCUUUGUUUGUAGUUCCGMGGUCUAGACGACGAUCAUCGGCUAUACUUCACUCAAAUGCUGCUGCUGUUGUAAAAGCUGUUCUUUUGCUCCGACGAAAAACAGACGAAUCAAACGUUCAACUGCCCCCGCUACAGGCAAAGUCUCAGAGAAUUAAGCCCGUCAGUGCACCGUGUAGAUAUCGAUCAAAAMACAUGUCAGUUUCGUGUUUUACGAAUUAUGAUCGAUUCACACAAGUGCAAAUCUCURAAGAAAACGCUAAUAGGUAUAGACCUAAAAGCAGUAGCGACUCGUACAGAAUWGCAAAACGUCAUGUCAACAACACAMAAAGCUGUAGCUGUCAGCGCUCAGCUUCUGAAAGACCUCGCUCUUCAAAGACAGAUGGCAUCGAUAACCAGCGUACAGAAACAUCCGUGUCAAAUAGGGUUCUAAGUCUCAAAAAUAAAAGAGAUAAAGCUUGCUMGUCGUAUGAAAAGAAAGACACCACGAGCAUUGCUUCGAUGGACAGUAAACAAACGAAGACCAAUCAUUAUUACGAAAAGAAAUCCGAAAAUGCAACAGGCGUUGAGAAAUGCAUAUCUUUAAACAAAAACUUUGUCAUAAAGGAGAUUAUUAACACAGGAAACCCAAAUCGCAAAACUUCGCCAAAUCAGUAUCGGAGGUUUGACAAAAGUAUGUUUKCAAUUCUUGACGGUGCGAAAGAUGAAGAAACUGGUAAAAGGGUUGGACCGAGUCCUUGGGGAGUAUCGCUUGCAGCAAGUAAAUGGAUGACAGGAAUCAGGCAAAAACGGAGACAAGCGGCAGCGAACAGGGAUGGGAACAUGAUUCUCUCUCCAACGCCUCCACCAUUGAUAGUAAUAGAGGAAUAUGCACCUCAAUAUGGAUUAACUGAUGAGCCAUUAGAUGAAGAUAGUUCAGACGAUAAUCUGAAGAAGAAAAGGUCGAUUGCAAAACCCAUGAGAACUCCAACGCCUUCCCUUGCGCAGCUCGACGAAGAAGACGAUAAUGACAUCAAGGAGUAUAAUAAGCAUGAGGCUGGAAAAGCAUUGGAAGAAAAAUGGUACACACCGAUUCACGAGGCAAGAGACGAGUCCGAGAUAUUCUUGAAGCAACUGCAGGUUGAUAUUGAAAAACUCAAGAAAAACAGAGGAAAAAGAGCACCUGUUAAAUUCGAAAACACGCGGGUAGCACACGCUCAAGAUUUCUCUAACACAUAUUGUGAUAAAGAAUCAGACGACGAACAAAAAGCAACUGUUAACAAGAGUGAAUUGGAUAACAAUUCAAGCUCAACUUCAUCUAGUCACAGAAUCCGAAAACAUUCAACGCGUUCUGCAGCUACAGUAUGUGUGAGAUGCAGCUCUAUAUUGUCUCGUCUACAUUGGAAAGCAGAUCAGAUGUUGCGAGUUCGCGAAGUAGGAAAUCUUCACGUAUUGGAAGAAAUGUGUGUAUGAACAAAAGAAAAUGCUCAAUAKUAUUACCUAAACAAGUCACUGCAGCACCGAUUAAAACAAAGCACGAUAAACGACGGCUUUUGCUACUGGACAAGAUUGGUCUAUAAACAACUUCGUAAUAAAUUAAAACAACUCAAGAAAAAACUACGCCGAGUAAUUCUAGAGUUUUAAGUACCAACGUCCUACAAAGUAUAACAAGACCGUUCAGAAUGUUCAGACGGUGACGGAAGAGUAGUGAAGAAGACGAAUAAUUACGUUAAUGUAAUGCGUGUAGAAACUUUUCAGGUCCCGCACAAUGGUCGUGCACGGACCACUUUUAUAUAUGCACUAAGCUUUURUGUUAAUUAAAGUAUAGACAGSAAUGUUCCAAGAGAAAUUCAUUUCAAACUUU